AUGCCUUUUGCUAUUAGGCUCUUUUGUAACAACGUGCACCAAAAUGAGUUGCCCUUAAGCCAAGCCAUAGACAACUUUAUCAGUUUGAUUGAAAGUGAUCUAUCUAAAUUGGAUGAUAAAGACGAGCUAGAAGAGGAGAAACUGAAUGCCAUCUUGGAAUCAUCAUAUCAGAUACUCUCUCCCGAAAACAAAGAAUUUUACGUAUCAUUGUCCGUGAUUCCUGGCUUGUUUCAUGAGAAGGUUGCCGCAGCUGUGUGGGGAAUAUCAACGCAUGAUGCUCAACGGACGCUGCAAAGUCUUCAGAGAAAGUCGCUUAUAGAUUCCUGCGUUGUAUCCAAAACAUACAAAGUUCAUAAUAUUUUUCGCUUGUUUGCACGGCGAAAAGGAGAACGAGAAAUGAAAGAGGUCAUUGUAAGGUCGACAACGCGUUUUAUACAAUUCUAUAUUUCGGUUUUCGCUGAGCUUAACGAUAGCUUUCUUUCUGGACAGUCUAUGUCAGCUUUCAUAGAUUUCUACGAAGACAAACAAAAUAUCAUGUCAAGUUUAAUCAAAGGUUGUUCAAACAUUUCAACACGCGACAGUUGUUUUGACGGCUUGACACAGGGGAUGCUGUUUAUGGACGCUGUUUUAUGGAGCGACCGAGCCUCUUUUAACAAGAUCUAUUAUACGGCUAUAACUAAGGCAAAGCAGAGUACAGAUUCAACUGCAUACAAUGAGUUGGUUCUCGCAAAAACAUUCAGUGAAGUAACUUGGGGAACAGAAGAAGUGGAAACAAAGCAGCUGCAAUGUAGUAAAAAAGAAGUUCUGUCUUGCGAUUCAGAUGAGCAGAAAGGAAAACUAUUAUGCUAUCUUGGCAUCCACAAGCUCGCGAAUGGACAAAUCAUGGAUGGUGUUACACAUUUGGAAAACUCUCUUGUGCAUUUUAAAAACAUAGCUGAAGAUCUUGAGGAUCCUCACUUUGGAGAUUCUUGA